AUUGGCCUUUUAACUCUCCUGUGGUCGGUUUAGGUCGCUCUACUUCGCUUUACUUAAGGCUGGUGUGAAACCCUCCAAGAAGCUCAAAAUUGAGGCCGUCGGCAUGGAAGGCGACGAACUUACAUUUGCACUCGAGCACCAACGCCGAGAACUCCUCGCCGCCAAAGCCCAAGAAUCCGACCUCGACGUCGCCUUCGACCUCCAAAUGCAAGAAGCCAUAACCGCUUCUCUCUCCCUCCACCAUCCCUCUACCUCCCGAAAUCCCAUCGCUUCUCCUCCGCCAGGUGACAUCAAGAGCGUCAGUGAAGACGAUGGUUUUGAUUACCUCACCCUUCUCCUUGGAGACAUUUCCAGGUUUCAGGUCGAACGCAGGGACCACGAACGGUGCGAGGAAGAAAUGAGACAGAUCAGAGAAAAUCUCAGCCUUCGGAUUCACGACCAGAAGUUUGCAGCCUAUAUCAUGACUAUCCCUGAGGAUGAAUGGAAGGAGCAUGGUGAUAACUACGAAAAUCCGUUCAAUGGGGAUGUGGGUUUGAUGAGUGAGAACUUUAAAGUGUAUGCUAAGGGGCUGGUGAGUGAAGAGCGGAUAAGGGACAUGAAGGUGAUGGUGGCGGGUGCUGGGGUGGCGGUUUGUGAUUCUAGGGAUAAUGUGGUGUUGGAAGCCAAUAAGCCUCUUGAGAGUGCAGAGCUGAUGAGUAGUGAAAAGGCAGAGCUUGAGGCUUUGGUUCAUGGGCUUAACGUGGCUUUGAGUUUGGAUUUGAAAAGGGUCACAAUUUACCUUGAUGACUAUAUGGUCUACCAAUAUGUUACAGGCAGGGUGCAACCAAGCCAGAGCGCAACAACACUAGUCAAUGAGGUGGUUCUUCUCCAAAGAAAAUUUACUUAUUGCCAGCCAUCUCUUGUUUCACGUAAUGAUUUUAAGUUUGCAUUCAAGCUUGCAAGAGAUGCUAUAGUCUCUCAGAUCAGUUGGCGUGCAGAAACUAGCAAUGGAAAAAAUUUGAAAGAGACUUGUGUGAUAUGUUUUGAAGAUAUUGAUGCUGCUCAGAUGUUUACUGUUGAUGGUUGCUUUCACAGGUAUUGCUUUUCUUGUAUGAGACAGCAUGUAGAAGUGAAAUUGCUUAAUGGAAUGCUGGCUAAGUGCCCAGAUGAAGGCUGUAAAUCUGAGGUGAGUAUUGAGAGUUGUGGAAAAUUCUUGGAUCCUAAAUUAGUUGAGAUAAUGAGUCAACGCAUGAAGGAAGCUUCUAUAGCUGUUGAGGAGAAAGUAUAUUGCCCAUUUCUGAAGUGCUCGGCAUUAAUGUCAAGACAAGAAGUGUUGGAGUAUACAAAGACAGUGUUUGUUGGUACUGAACAAUCUGGAGCCAGGAAAUGCAAAAAGUGCCAUCGUUUUUUUUGUAUCAACUGCAGGGUCCCAUGGCACUACAAUUUGACUUGCUAUGAUUACAAAAGAUCAAAUCCACCUCCUAAGGAGGAUGCAUUGCUCAGUUCUCUUGCUAGAGAGAAGCUGUGGCGCCAGUGUAAGAAAUGCUACCAUAUGGUUGAACUCAAGGAAGGGUGCUAUCAUAUUACUUGCAGAUGUCAAUAUGAAUUUUGCUACACGUGUGGUGCUGAGUGGAAGAAUAAGGGGCCAACAUGUAAGUGCCCUAUCUGGGAUGAGCGUAACAUUAUACGCAAUGGAGGCAACGGACAACAACGAUGAUCUGAAGCACCAUGGCAAUGUUGGAGCAAGCUUUGGCUAUAUACCAUCCUCGUUUUCAUUCUGAAAGUUUGGUUUUCACUGUGCAUUAGUAGAAGUUAAUGAGAACCAUUUCUGAAGCAUCAAACUUUGUGGAUUUUAGGAAUAGAAAUCUUGAAACCCUUUUUCAAAGUGUAUGCAUGAUGGUUGACAGCCAAGCAUCCAGAUGUUUAUAGAUCUUUUAGCCUUUUUCAAAGUGUGGACAUGUCUUCCACACAUAACCAGUAAUCAAAACUUCAUGUGGCUGCAUUGUUAUCUUGAUGACAGAUCUUUGUAUUCUGCCAAUUCUGCUGUUUUACUUUCAUAGGAAGAUGAAACAUAUAUAUAUAUAUUCUUUGUAAAAAUGUAAUGUUAUAUCAACAGUAUUAACUUUUUUUUUCGGGUAAACUAGAUUUUUUUUGUUGAUUAAGGGUAGAUUGGUAUAAACAUCUAUUAACAAU